UAGACCCUAGCCGUGCUAGGCGUGCCGAUAGACGCCGCUGCGGCGUCGAAGCGACGGGUAGGCGCUGUACUGGUUAGACGCCCGAACAACACGCAGCAUGUUUCUUCUUUUUUUGACCGUUCACAGCGGUUACUUUUCGAAGCACCAGGAGAUGGCGCUACCAGCACCGACUUCAUACAACGCCACGCGACGCGGUUGGAAUGGUCGUGAUGUUCUAACUACUGUGUAUGUAAGAUACCUGCUUGGACAUCAUCAAAGUGCCGAGGGCGCCCGAGAUCAAGGAGGUCCUCAAAAGGGGCAACAUCACUUGGCCAAGACGCAACGAACGUCCAGACUUCCUCGGAGUGCUGUUCUACAUCGCGAGACGGGUGUUCAUCCCCGUCGCUUUCGACUUCGCGAUCAUGGAGACGGAUGAACUUGUGACAUCCAUAUCAAGGCUCCCAACCCUCUUCUUCGGCCUGCCCUCGCGUUUCCUCGGUCAUGCGAGGGCGCUGGCGAGACUUCGACAGUCGGGCAGGCUCCUCGACCACCUGCACCUAACCUACGAGACGCUAGACUUAGCGGUCAACGAAACCAGGCUGAAAGAACUCGCCAGUCACUUCGGUUACUUGGACGUCUUUUUUGAACGCUACCAGAAGGCGUGCGAUUACAUCGCCAGGAACGCCAACGUGUCCUUCUUUCUCCAGUACACGCCCUCGGUGUCGAAGGAUCGCUGGGACGCCCUGACGAAGCGGUACUUCAACAUCUCGCUACUGGACGACCAAGACAAUCGCCGAGGCGGCGUGGCCAUCCGGAGCAUCGACGUUUUCUCUGCCCUAUUCGAGGUACACGCUAAGCAUGGUGAGCACGUGACCAACGACAUCGUCCGAGGCCUCUGCGUGCAGGCACUCGUCGACUACAUGAGCGCCGACCUCCUGGCAAGCCUGCUCGGAGGAAGUCAAGAGCUCGCCACCGAGUCCAUCUACGACAGGUGCUUCUCGGACGCCUACAGAUUCUACGGCACCGCCAUAGACGCCUAUUUCCACCAGCCGCUGAGCGGCCAAGUUGCGGACAUCCGGCAAGUGGCCACGCUUAUUCACGACGCCUUCUCCGGGACGCUUCGGCGCGGCGACGUGACGCUCGGCGCCAUCCCUCCAGAUGCAGCCACCAACGACUCCUCGGCACUACCUGGCAGGCACAAGAACUUUGAAUUGGCCCUGUCUAGCUUGAACGGCCUGAAAAUGAGCACGUCCGCCGGUUCCUAUGACCGUUAUCCACGCGAGACGGACAGCGGUCUACACAACUGGAUGACGCACGCUGCCUUCCUCUCUGCUGGCGGCAAGGCGCCAACGGGGGCGUCACUCUGGGAGUCCUUGAACGAAGACAUCGGACGCGCCACCGGCAGGUUUCGCCACUUCCGCCUGGGUCUGGCGCAUAUGGAGGAGCCCUCCUACGCGGCCAACGUCAGCGCAGCUGUGCUCAUGUCAGGAGUCGGAGUGCGCCUGGCGGCGGCGCUUUUUUACGAUCACGUCGGGACGACCAGCCCAGGUGACCCCGCGAAUGUCUACGCUGAGAACCAGGAGUGCCUCUUUCCCGGAACAGGUGGUGGAUCGUCGGACCUGGAAAUUCAUGGUACCGUCGCUUCCGUCGAGAGGCCUGGUCUGCUCUGAAAACUGUGGGUGUGUCGAAAUCCUCCUCCGCCUCGGCCAUAUGAGCUCAAGGUGCCAGUGCCGGCUACCUUGCGGACGAAGAGCUCUUCUUCUCAUUCUUCUGCUACGUGCUUUGCGCAGAGCCGGAUGGUGAACGCCUGUGCAAUGCACCGUUUCGUCACAGCAGUGGCUUUUCGCUCCUGUUCGGGUGUGAGAAGGCGUCGUUCAUGAACCCAGAGAAAAAAUGCUGCAUGGGCGUGUAGCGAUCUAUGCUUGUUGUUUGUCACUUUGGAGCUGUGAUGCUUAACCUAAUCCGGCGCGUCUUGCGUGCAUGCUUAAGUGUGAGCCACAAAUUUUUUAUUUGACUCUACUAUACGUAGUAUCUUUAUACGUAAUACCUCACGACUUAAAUUGUACCAGAGAGCCCGAAGAAUUAGAACAUUAUACUAAUCAUUAGGGCAGAUGUUAAAGAAUUCGAUUAUUAUAGGCCCGUUACCUGUCUUUUGGUACUGUAUAAUAUAUUUACCACGAUAAUUUCAAAUUUAAUGAAGGCAACACUUUAAUCAACUAAGAGAACAGGACUGCUUCAGGAAGGGAUAUUCAAUAAUGGAUCGCAUCCAUGUACAAUCAACCUCCCUAUAUGCCUUUCAUAGGCUAUGAGAAGACAUUUAAUUUAGAAGACACACUAGCAGUGAUGGAAGCAUUGCGUAAUCAAAGAGUGCAGAAGGUGUGCAUGAAUCUCUUGGAAAACAUCUACAAAGACUCCUGAGCUACGUUGGUCCUACACAAGAAAAGCAGAAAUUUACCUAUCAAGAAAGGAGUCGGGCGAGGAGACACAAUCACACAAAUGCUAUCCACUGUAUGAUUAGAAUUAUUCAAGCUAUUUUAUUAGCACGUCUUAGGCGUGAGGGUCAACGGCGAAUAUUUCGGGAACGUUCACUUUUCAGAUGGCAUUGUCCUGUUCAGCAGCAAUUGACACGAAUUGCAGCAUAUGUUGACCGAGAACGUAUAAGAGUAGGGUUGAAAAAUAAAAGUAUAGAGGGGCACCUCGGCUUCGGGAGGUAAUAGGCUCGAUGCCCACCACCGCCAGGCACCCACUGGUUCAAAUGGGCACGAGUGUACACCGGGUCUGGUUCGACUUCCUUCAGGAUUGGUACGCUUCGGAAAGGAGCCUGCGCCCUGAAUUGCCGUCAAAAGCUUGGUGAGCGCAACAAAAAUGUGAUGUUUCGGUCGCUUCUAUGGCGGUCAUUUCCCAUGUUGCGCCCAAAUACACCUAUUGAGGUGGGGACGCCUUCGGGUUAAAGACAAAGAUUCUAUUCAAACGUUGAGGUCUCAUAUCCUCCUGAGUUCCUAGGUGUAUUAAAGUUGACAGAUUUUUGUGAGCUUUUCAGAAAUUGA